UUCCAUUCAUUGCUUCCUUCCUUCUUUGGCUCAGAUUAUUUUAUUGGUAAAUUAAGAUGCAGGAGAAGGGGUAACCGUGUUCGUUUCUUUUCUUCAUUCACCUUUCCUAAUCCUAAUCCUAAUCCCAGAAGCAACACGCUGCAAUCAACGCAAGGUUUGAAAUUUGAUGCACGAAACCCAUCAUGUCCUACGAUGACAUGUACCCUUUUGAUCACAUGGACGAAGACGAUUUCUUUGACGACAUAGAUGACCAAAACCAUGGUGGGGGUGUUGGGGAUGCUUCUCUUGAUGAAUAUGAGAUGCUUACUAAGGUGACUGAUACAUCAGCUGCUCAAGCAAGAAAGGGAAAGGACAUUCAGGGAAUUCCAUGGGAGAGGUUGAACAUAUCCAGAGAGAGGUACAGGUUGACAAGGCUUGAGCAAUACAGGAAUUUUGAGAAUAUUCUUACGUCUGGGGAAGCUGUGGACAAGGAGUGCAAGCAAAUGGAGAAGGGUGGAAAUUACUAUGAAUUCUUCUAUAAUACAAGAAUGGUUAAGCCUACCAUCCUUCAUUUUCAGCUGAGAAACUUAGUAUGGGCAACUUCAAAACAUGAUGUCUACCUCAUCUCCAACUACUCAGUUAAUCACUGGUCAUCGUUAAGUGGUAAUUUGUCCGAGAUAAUCAAUUUUGCAGGGCAUGUGGCCCCUACUGAGAGAUAUGCAGGAAAUUUGUUGGAAGGAUUUUCACAGACCCAGAUUAGCACAUUGGCUGUCAAGGAUAAUCUUCUUGUUGCUGGUGGGUUUCAAGGAGAGCUUACUUGUAAGCGUUUGGAUAAGAAGGGAGUAAGCUUUUGUACACGGACAACACAUGAUGAUAAUGCUAUAACAAAUGCAAUUGAUAUAUAUGAAAGCUUGAGUGGCGCAACACAUCUUAUUGCUUCCAAUAAUGAUUGUGGUGUGAGAGAAUAUGACACACAAAGUUUUCAGCUUUUGAAUAACUUCCAGUUCUCUUGGCCAGUGAAUCACACGUCAAUCAGUCCAGACCGUAAGCUUAUGACUGUUGUUGGAGAUAACCUAGAUGGAUUGCUAGUGGAUCCACAAAAUGGGAAGACUGUUGGCACAAUGGUCGGUCAUCGAGAUUACUCGUUUGCUUCUGCAUGGCAUCCGGAUGGACGUACCUUUGCAACCGGGAAUCAGGACAAGACUUGCAGAGUAUGGGAUGCUAGACACUUGUCAUCUCCUAUCGCCAUUCUCAAGGGUAACCUAGGGGCGACCCGGUCUAUUCGAUUUUCUUCAGAUGGCCAAUAUAUGGUGGUUGCUGAGCCUGCAGAUUUUGUGCAUGUUUAUAGUACAAAGGCAGACUACAGAAAACGUCAAGAGAUUGAUUUCUUUGGGGAAAUUUCUGGGGUUUCUCUGAGUCCUGAUGAUGAGUGUAUGUAUAUUGGAAUCUGGGAUCGGACUUAUGCAAGCUUGCUACAGUAUAAUAGGAAGCACCAAUAUCAUUAUCUUGAUUCCUACUUUUGAUCUUGGUUCCUGCUAGUUGAUUUAGGUUACUCAUUGACGUUAUUUUAUAGAGCAGUUUGGGAUUCUAGAUCCUCCCCCCUUUGUUUCUGGCAGUAUUUUAUGUAGGUCAGUCUGAUUAAUCAAAGACCACAGCAUCAAAGGAUAUUUCUAUAAUGAAAUCAUGUCUCACCUUCCUUGUAUUUCUGAUCUUCUGAUGUGAAUGGCAUCAGCAGAAAUCGUAAAUUGCAUGGUAUUAAUGUUAUAUAUAUAUAUGUUGUCUUCCUUCA